ACGAUUAUGCAAAUAUAAAUUUUAUAUUGUUUCUCUUCUACUAUAAAAUCCAUGCAAAGGUACACAAGAUCUCCAAAGCAAGUAAACAGACAUUGUCAGAAGUAAAAAAAAACACACACACACAAAAAUGAGCCCAAUUAUUAGCAAAUGUCACCAAAUUUCCACAACUACUAUAGCUUUUGUAAGCUUGGUCUUGUUAAGUCUAAGUGGUUUCUUAGAAGCUGACCUUCAACGAGGGUUUUAUAUGCAGUCAUGCCCUAUGGCUGAGUUUAUUGUCAAAGAUGAGGUUCGACAAGCAUUUUUCAGUGACAGGGGAUAUGCUGCUGGCCUUGUGAGGCUGCACUUCCACGACUGUUUUGUUAGAGGAUGUGAUGGAUCAGUUCUCCUCGAUUCAACUCCAGGAAACACAGCCGAGAAAGAUGCAGCAGCUAAUAAUCCUAGUCUACGAGGGUUUGAUGUCAUCGAUAAUGCAAAGGCUCGACUUGAAAAUCUGUGUCCCGGAGUCGUGUCGUGUGCUGAUAUUUUAGCCUAUGCUGCUAGAGACAGUGUAGAAAUGACCGGAGGAUUUGGCUAUGAUGUACCUGGAGGAAGAAGAGAUGGUAGAGUCUCCUCAUCUUCAGAAGCCACCAGGAACCUGCCUCCACCAUUUGCCGAUGUCGAUUUACUCACUAAAAUAUUUGGGAGCAAAGGAUUAACACAAGAAGAGAUGGUUAUUCUAUCUGGAGCUCAUACCAUAGGUCGCUCUCACUGCACUUCCUUCAGCAACAGGUUAUACAGUUUCAGCACCACAGCAGCACAAGAUCCCAGCAUAAACUCUGCUUAUGCCGCUCAACUGCAGCGUCAGUGCCCAGCAGGGAAUGCCGGUGCUAACAUUGUGGUUCCGAUGGAUCCAAUAAGUCCCACAAUUUCUGACACUGCUUACUACCGGAACAUCCUGAACAACCGCGGCUUGUUCACAUCAGACCAGGCGCUCUUGUCAGAUUCUACUACUGCAAGCCUAGUUACUCUGUAUGCAAGAAAUCCGGGCCUCUGGGGACGGAAGUUUGCUACUGCUAUGGGGUCGAUGGGUCAGAUCGGCGUCCUCACAGGUGAUGAAGGGGAAAUCAGAAGCAACUGUAGGGUAAUUAACUAAAUGAAGCUUUGAUAUGAAGGUUGUGCUAAGCACUGAAAGCAAUAAAAUGACAGUAGUAUAUGGUUUUUCAGUUUACACUUUACAAGAAUUACAACACAGUUUUUAAUGGUUGUAUAUGUAAUAUGUCUCAUCUAGUUCUCCAAAGCUAUCUAUACAUAUAUUAUGAA